AUGUCAGAAAACAGUCCGUCAACCGACGUUGCCCGCAAGGAAGGCAGGCGCGAUGCACCCGGAGUAUCACUCGUUCUGCAAUCGACCGAGACUUGUAAGUGCUACAUCAUCCUCAUCCUCAAGAUUCCUAGCAUCAUCAUGGGACGCGUGGCUUUCAUUCCUUCGCAAACGCUCGAUGAGGCCGCGGCCAUCAGCGAUCGCAGCGCUCUUCACAGUCCUUUUCGGCUAUUCCUAAUCGAUCUCCAGAUCCUGUGUAAGAACCUGAAAUACCUACCGAACACCAUCUUGCCCUUUCGACAACUUCCUCCCCUGCCGGGCGUCGAGGAUGAGCAACCCGGAUCCUGGCUCGAUGUCGUCUCGACAGUCAUCCUGGCGCUGCUGCAAUGGUUCCUCCUUCUCGUCACCAUUCCCGCCAUCCUCUUCCUCCGAGGCUGGAUGACCAUCGUCUGCGGCACGGCAGUCUGCACGCUUGUCUACCUCAUUCAGCAGCGCAUGUGGGGGCCCCUGAUCAUCGAGUCCCGCGUCGACCUAACCGGCUACAAGCAACACCCCACCGAAAAGUGGUUCUUCAUAAACGGCAUCGGUACCAGCCGCACCCUGGUCCAACACACCUGCAACAGGCUGGCCGCGACCUUCAAGCGGCCCAUCACAGGCGUGCACAACCGCUCGUACGGCAUCGUGGGCGACAUCCUCGAGUGCCUGAUCCAGCGGUGCCUCUCCUACAACACCACAGACGUACGCGUCGCCUACGAAUGCCUCAAGCAACACAUCCUCGAUCCCAACAUCGAGAAAGUCGUCGUGCUCGCGCACUCCCAAGGCGGCAUCGUCAUCUCCCUCGCCCUGGACAGGAUGUACGCCGAGCUGCCCUCGCGCGCAAUCUCCAAACUCGAGAUCUACACCUUCGGCUCCGCCGCCGCGCACUUCAACAACCCGCUGUGCAGCCCCGCGGCGUCUGGGACGCUGUCCCCCUCCCGGCGGGACCUACGCCCGCUCCUCCUCCAGCCGACGACCGUGAUACAGACCAUCGAGCACUACUGCAACGAGCUGGACCUCGUUCCGCGCUGGGGCGUGCUCUACAACACCCGCCACUGCCCCGGGCACCGCUACGCAGGCCGCGUGUUCAUUUACAAAGGCGCGAGCGGACACCUCUUCAACGAACAUUACCUGGACUCCAUGUUCCCGCUAUCCUCCGCGCGAGCGACGCUUACCAUCCAAGAAGAAGCCACCGACGACAGCCCUACAAUGCCCCUGAUGAACAAGUUCCUGGACCAGAUGGUCGACGUCGAUACCGCGACGGCGCAGCGCAGGGCCCGAAGCCUUAGUGUAGGCAACAAGGAUCUCAUCAUCUCGAGGGUGCCGAGCAGGUAUGGGAGGCGCAUGAGCGUGCAGGAUGAUUCCCAGAAUGCGGUUUGUGAGGGGAGUGGGAGGACGGUCCGGCAGUUGAGUAAGCUAUGGAUGUACGUGGGGAGCGGCGGGGAUGAUGGCGCGGAGGAGGCGCCGAGUGGGUGGGUUUUUGGAAGGUCGAGUAGUGUUUGGAACAACUAG